UUCGUUUCUUAGCAUUCUUAUAUUUUCCCUGAUUCUUCCAGAUACAUUCAUUUGAUUUUUGUUCCCCUUAAAUUUGUUCUUGAAAUUUACUUAAAACGCUUGUCUAUCACUUGGUUUUGAUUUCGAUCGUUUGGACCUCCAACUUUUCUCCAGAUUAUUCUGAUGAUCUUCUUCUAGAAAAGCCUACUGUUAAAUCAUCGGAAGCAGGGUCUUGGCUUCAAAAUAAAAAAAUGGCUAUGUACAUUCGUGUGAAGCGUAGCAAGACAACAUACUUUAUCCAAUGUGAUCCUACUGAGACUACCCUAGGCAUUAAGCAAAAGUUGCAUACCCUCAUUGAUCAACCUGUUAAUGAUCAGCGUUUGACCCUAUUGAAUACUGGGGAAAUAUUAGAGGAUUCUGAAACUUUGGCGGACCAGAAGGUCGAAAAUGAUGCUGUUGUGGCACUGACCUUGAGAAAAGAUGACAAUGAGUUUGAGGAUGUCAACAUAGUACAACCCAACGAUUUCUACCAAUCUCGUGAUGCAGACAAUGGAAAUUGGUGAAACCAAUUUUGGAUUUGAAAAUGGUUAAAGCUGAAACAGAGGAAGGAGAUUCAGCAGCUCAGACAUAUUGAAGUCAUGAUAUUUUCAUUGUCGGCUAUCUUUGUGCCAUAAAACAAUUUUAACAGACAGUAAUUUCAUGUAUUAAGCUUCGCCAAGAAAAAUAAUGUAUUUUAAUCUUAAAAUUAACUAUGAAGAUUGAAAGUUUUAUGGUUAA